UAUAUCUUAUUUGUAUUGAUGAAAGUAAACAGUAAUAAAGUACAGGGCCGUGUUUGUGUAGGUUUCAGUAGUGAAGGGAGGAAGGGUAGCUCCCGAAUUGGGACAAUUUAAAUGAGGCAGUUUGGAACACAGCCGGGUUGCCAUGAUACGCAGUAAACAAAAUGCGGCCGAUAAAGUUACUGAUCUGCAGAUUCACCACAAACUCGCCAGAACCAGAACCGAGUCACAGCCUCCAGAACUGAGUUAAAGCCUUUAGAACCGAGUCACAGCCUCCAGAACAGAAUUAGAGCCUCCAGAACCGAAUUAGAGCCUCCAGAAACGAUUUAUAACCUCAAGAAGUGAGUUUAAGUCUCCAGAACCAGAACGGAGUUACAGCCUUCAGAACCAGAAGCAGGACUGAGUUACAGCCUCCAGAACCAGAACUGAGUCACAGCCUCUAGAAACAGUACCAAGUCAUAGCCUCCAGAACUAAAUUACAGACACCAGAACUGAGUGACAGCCUCCGGAACUGAGUCACAGCCUUCAGAACCAGAACCAAAACUGAGUUACAGCCACCAGAACCGAGUAACAGCUUUUAAGAAAGGGGUUACAGAAUCCUAAAGCGAGUUACAGCCUUCAGAACUGGGUUACAGAAUCCAGAACCGAGUUACAGCCUCUAGAAACGAGUUAAAGCAGCUGAACCCAGCUCUGCUGAGCCUGAGACCCACUCUGAACCCCAGAACCAGGUCCAGUUAACUUGGAGCGAUGUCUCUCACCAGACUGUGGGACAAGAAGGCGGAGAAGAACGGUGUUCUCCGGACGGUGUUCUCUGUUACUGGUGACCAGUACACUGGAGAGUGGCUGCAGAACCGCAAACAUGGUAAGGGAACUCAGGUGUGGAAAAGGGCAGGUGUGGUUUAUGAUGGUGAGUGGAGGUUUGGGAAGCGGGAUGGUUUCGGCACUUUGAGCAAACAGUCGCCACCCUCUAACAACUACGAGGUGAUUUACUCAGGAGAAUGGAAAAACGACAAGAAGGAGGGUUUUGGAAUGGAGGUCUACAGCCCCAGCUCAUUGUAUGAGGGUCAGUGGGUGGAGCAUGAGAGAAGUGGCUCAGGCAGGAUGUUCUACCCCAAUGGAGAUGUUUAUGAGGGGGAGUGGCUGAAGGACAAACCACAUGGACAGGGCGUCCUAACACUUGCAAACGGGAACAGGUAUGAAGGAAGCUGGAAAGACGGGAGGAAAAACGGACCCGGUUGCUUUUUCUACCUGGAUAAAGGUCAGCUGUACGAGGGGUUCUGGGUGGACGACGUGGCGAAGUGUGGUACGAUGUGCGAUUUCGGACGAGAGCAUGCAGCCACACCCACAGUUUAUCCCAUCCCUCAGGUGCAGCUGCAGGAUGCUGAAAGUGUGUUACUGGAGGGAAUUGCCGACUGUUCCAACAUCGGAGAGCAACACCAGUACGACAAGAGCAGCCCAGAAACACCUGAGUGAAAACACACCUGCUCAACUCACAGUCAGAACCCCCCACCCCAUGUCUGAUUAUCACACACUCUGAACUGAGAGACUGGAAGUUAAAACAGAUUAUAGCUGUAUAUAAACAUAAUUAUAAUUAUGA